AUUGCUUCCCCAAAGGCAUUCUCCUUUAGAGUUGACGGCAGUUUCAACCUUGCCCGAAUAUCAUCAACACCUCCAACGGUCGAAUUUAUCGUGUCAAAAUUUGUCCAUGCUGAGUCUCCUCUAGGUUCACAGUCAGCAAAUAUUGGUUCUUGUAAAGGCGAUGACCAGCUGCCCAUUUCCGUUCAAGUUACCUCAUCAUUAGACAAUUCCCCUGGCUCAGACAACCGGCCUAUCGAACUAGCCUCACCAAGUCAUAAUUUAAACGGCCCUAGUAUGCAAUCGACAUCAAUGCUAAGUCUCGAAGAUAAGCGCCGUUUGGCCUCGUCCCAACAGACGCAGCUUUGUUUUAAUAAUUCGAGAACCGAUCACAUUCCUCUUGUGCCAUCAGCUUUGACGAAACCACGACAGCAGAUUGCCAAAAAAACCACCAAUAUGAUUACUUCUACCAGCACCGGACAACCAAUCGACCUAUUCCUUUCUAAUUUAGCUGCGUUUUCGUCCACUUCGUCUAAUUCAUCUGGUACAUUUUCAUCGUCAACUUCAUCCUUUUGUGCAACUGGUUCCAUAGCCCAGUCAGCAAGGCUUGAUCAGAUUCAACCUGUCUCGUGGGGCGGUGUUUCUGCUCCAUUUGUCAUUGGCCAGCCUAUUUCGAAUGACAAGUCUUUAUCGCGACAGCCCUUCGCUGCAACCAACUUUUCGCCGACAGUCAUUUCAACCCCUUGGAUCCAGUCACAGUUAUCUACCUUAAACUCUUUCCAGGCCAACUCAUCGUCAGAUCCAUCAAAAUUGGGUCAGACUUCAGGCUCUUUGUUCUCUUCUUCAGUAAAUCAACCAAAUAGGGGGAUUAUUGGGAACCCUCAUGUGCCAGCUUCUACUUCCCUUCUUCCGAUUCGGCCCACUCCGGCCUUGCGCCUUCAAACAGCUUCAAAAACAGCUAUUAUUUCUGGAACUGAUAUUGACGCUUUGUUAUCUUAA